CGCCCAGAGCCUGCCAUCACACACAGUUAUUGCCCUCUCUGCUCUCAGUCAGGACACACACACCCUAGGUCUCCACACACACUCCUCCUCCUCCACCACAGCAGCAGCAGCAACAGCAGCUCGUCCGACAACAUGUGCACAGGAAAGUGUUCCCGCUUCAUCGCUCUGACCCUCUACCCGUUGGCCGUCCUGUCCAUCAUCUGCAACAUCGUGCUGUUUUUCCCCGGGGGGGAAGUGAAGUAUGCUAAAGACGGACACAUCACCGAGGAGGUGAAAUACAUGGGGGGGCUCGUCGGAGGGGGCCUGAUGGUGUUGCUGCCAGCUCUUCACAUCCACCUGACAGGAAGUAAGGGCUGCUGUGGGAACCGCUGCGGGAUGUUGUUAUCCAUCGUCUUCGCCGCGGUGGGCGUGGCCGGCGCUCUGUACAGCUUCAUCGUGGCGGUGGUUGCUCUUCAGAACGGGCCUCUGUGCAAAGUUCUGCUGAUCUGGUCCACACCCUUCAAAAACGGCGAUCAAAAGUAUCUCACCGAUGACACCUGGUGGGGAACCUGCACCGAGCCCAAGAACAUGGUUCAGUUCCACAUUGGGCUCUUCGCCACCCUGCUGGCCACCAGCUGUCUGCAGCUGAUCCUCUGUGCCACCCAGAUGAUCAACGGUCUGGUGGGCUGCCUCUGUGGAACCUGCCGGGACAAAGGGCCACUGUGAGCUCCUUGACGUCCAGAUGGCGCACCCUGCUGGAAGAAGUCUGUAUCUGUCUAAAAUAUUCAGUUAAAUCAGAAAUGUCCAAGCUCUUCUUCAAAGGCCUGACUCAAAGAAAGUGCAUUAAUUACUUAAUUAAAAAAAUUAAUAUAAUACAACAGGACCAACAGCGCCUCUGGGAGGCGUACUGUGGUAUUCCAUUUUUUUAAAAUAUCAACAACAUUGACAUGAAUGGCUUUUCAAAAAAUUAUAGGCUAACUAUAAGAAGGUAUCUUUGGUUUUUACAAAACUAAAAAAAAAAGAUUACAUGGUUCUGGGUCCAACUAAUUCCCAUUUUAUUGCUUAUGUAUUUAAAUGUAAAUGUUUGCAAUGAUGUUAAAAUCUAAAUUUGGGGUAUUUUUACUUCUUCUUACAACAAAAUAAAAUGUUGCCAAACAAGGAGUAAAUAGAAAAUAUAAAUAAAAUACAUUUAAAAGUUUGCAAAGUUUCAAGCAAAAUUAACUCUUAGUUUUUUACAACAGCUUAAAGCUAGCCAAAAAAAUAAGGUCUGAGGUCUCGCAUAAAAACUGAGUUCCCUCGUUGACGCUGGGCCAUAAAAGUACAUGAAAGUACAUGAAAGUCCCCGGGCCAGACUUUGGACACAUCCGACUUAAAGGAUGUCCGUUUAAAAAAAAUAUUUUCUUUUUAAAUAAAUAUAUAGUUUAGUAUAGUAUAUCACGAUGUUUCUGUUAAUUCCCUGUUUUUAUCUGUUCAACAUAAAAGUGUCAAUUAAUGGUAUAAAUCUGCAGUUGUUCAAUUUUUAUUAAAAGGUUUUGAAAG